CUCGUAAGCUCGGCUAGUUUUGGAACAUGGUGUGUCUAAUAAUAAAGUGAGUCCUUAGCUCAGCAGAUAGAGUAUAAAGUAUGCUCUCCGGCCAGUGGGGCUUAGUCACUCAAACGACAUUUCUCAACUUACAAUAGAAAACCAUGACUUAAAUUGAUGGAUUUUGUCUUCAAGAGCUGAUUAUUUUGUUUUGGGAAAAGUAGAGGAGGAGGACACGUAUGAGCGUUCCUUCUCAUCACAGUGACAUGACCACUUGAUAGUCUCACAUCACUGUCGCAAUGGCUCUACUUGGAGGGCAAUUGGUUAUUACCCUGAUUAUGGUCAGUAUCAUUCAAAAAUUGGGUUCACAUUGUUCAAUUGCAAAAUGGGUACUAUGUUCCACAGGAUUGAAACGUUAUCUUUACCCAACGAACGAAGAGUUGAAGAACCUUGCCGGUAUUCCAAAGGAGAAACAUAAAAAAGGGAAACAUCCAGAAAAUGGAAAAGUACCAAAGUCCUUCCAAAUACCAAGAAACUUGGAUAUCACGCUAGAGACUGCACCUGUAUCUACCCUUGAUGUUAUACAUUUGAAGUUUUACUCAGACUUUCAGUGGUUGCUGGAUUUUUCCAUAUAUGGAACAAUGGUGUACAUAAUGACUGAGGUACAAUUACUUUGCCACAUAGUGCCACUAAAUCUUUACCACGUUUGGUGUUGUUUGGUCAUAGGUUUUUCAUUUAAAGUUUUGGUCACACUUUGGGUACAGUACUUCAAAGGUGAAGAAAGUAUUGGAGAAAGAUCAACGUGCAUUGUUACAGGGUUCUUGUAUCUCUUGAUAGCUAUGAUGAUUCUCAUAAUUGAUGAAAACACGCUUGAACUCGGUUUGGAUAAUGCUUACACAAGCUUCAACCAUACUGCCUCUAUUUUUAUGAAAAAUCAAGGUCUCUCUUCAAGUGGUCCAGCAUCUAAACUUAUUGUCAAGCUGUGCUUUGCAGUCUUGUGUGGAUUUUUUGGAUCGUUACUUACCUUUCCUGGUCUACGUGUAUCAAAAAUGCAUUGGGACGCCUUGAAGUACUACAAAGACAGUAAGAUUCUCCUACUUCUGGCUAAUCUUAGUUAUGUCUCGCCACUUUUAUUGGCAAGCUUAUGGAUCAAGCCCAUCAGCAGGGAUUACCUUACUGUAAGAAUAUUCGCUGGUGCAACAAAGCCAAUAAUGACACCAUCAGCUUUUGAGAGUCUGAGAUUAAUUGCUAUAGUUGUUGCUGUCCUUUUGAGAUUUGCAUUGAUGCCCGUUUAUUUACAAUCUUAUUUAAAUUUGGCGAAUCAAAAGCUGGAAAUUCAAAAGAAAGAAGCUGGCAGGAUAUCAAACACUGAAUUUCAGAAAAAGGUCGCAGCUGUAUUUUACUAUCUUUGUGUUGUUGCACUGCAGUACAUAGCACCAUUAAUUAUUUGUUUGUAUUGUGCAUUCAUGUAUAAAACGUUGGGAGGUUACAGUUGGGAAGGGGUAUAUAAAAAUUUGGAUUCCGAAGAAUGUCCAGCACCAGAACCACUACCUGAACCAAAAACUUUUAUCAACGAUGAAGAAAAAACCAUUGCCCAAACAGCGCAUGAAUUCCACUUGGCUCUCAGUACAAUGAGACAAAUCUUCACCAUUGAAGUAUUUAGAGGAAUUUUCGGCCUAGCGACAUGGUGGACUUGCUUUACAUUAUUUUCGUCGACAGCAAUGGGCAUGCUGUAUCAAAGUUACUUCAAAAGUGUCUGAGUUUAUUUGUCAGUCCGAAAACAAUUAACAAGUGUUUGCACAACGUCGAGCGCAGCAAUUAAUCAAAUUUUCAAGUGCACGAUAAUGCACGAGAAUUGUAAAAACCAAUUGUCAAAGGACUACUUUGAUUCGAAGAAUAUAUCUAAUGCAUAGUUUCAUAUUUUAUACUACUUGUACACAGGACUACUCAUCAAGUUGUAAAAGUGUGUUUAUUGAAGUGUUUUACUGGAAAAAAAAAAAAAAAAUUGUGCCGAAACGAAACUAAUAGAAACUGUAAAUACCUUAACUAAGACAAAUGAACAGCAAUAAAAGAAUCCCUAAAGUUUUACAAAAGUUGUUUGGCUUGAAAUCAU